GAAAGGGAAAAAAGCAAACUUCCUUGGUUGCCAAGAACGGUCCAGGGUGGGAUCAAGCCACUGGGAUAGUGAUUAUAAAAGGAGCUGGCCACUAGCUGGAGGAGUCUGCAGAGCUAUCAGUCACCAGUUUCCAGUCCCAAAACAUCUGAGGAAAGAGAACCCUGAAGGGAUGUUGUAAGGAUCCAAUGAGAUAAUCUAUGCAAAGUGCUUUUGAAGCUUGAUUGGACCACAGGAAGAAGAAGAAAAAGAAUACCAACAACUACAAUAACAAUAACCUUCAUCAGGACAAGGUCACAGGGCAACCAAACCAGUUUAUACAGCUCAGCCAUCCAGCUUGGAGACAGUCCAGAUUGGCCGUCUUGGACCAUGCAACUGGUACUGUUGUGGGUUGUGCUCAUUACCUUAGGAGCAAUAGCCCCAAGCCAUGGGAGCCUGAAGGAGCUGAAUAAAAUGAUUAAACAGGCAACAGGAAAAAAUCCUAUCUUCAGUUAUCUAAACUAUGGAUGCCACUGUGGACUAGGAGGCAAAGGUCAACCCAAAGAUCCAACUGACUGGUGCUGCAAGAUUCAUGAUUGCUGCUACAAACACCUACAGCAACAGAGAUGUCACGUCCUUGUGGGCAGGUACAACUACAACUAUAAUGACGGAAACAUUGUGUGCUGGGGGGAGAGCCAUUGUGAGAAGAAGAUUUGCCAGUGUGACAAGGAACUUGCCCUCUGCCUGCAGCGAAAUCUGGAGAGCUACCAGAAGAGCUAUAGUUUCUUUUUGAAGUUCCUCUGUGAAGACCAGAAUCCUAAAUGCUAAAUUAAACCCUCCUUUAUCUUUGGUGGGAAGACACCUUAGGAUGGGGUUCUAACUCUGUUGUGAAGCCUUAUAAAAAAAAAAAAAAAAA